ACUCUGGCGCUCCCGAGGCGGCCUCUUGUGCGAUCCAGGGCGCGCAAGGCUGGGAGAGCGCCCCGGGGCCCCUGCUCUCCACGCCAGAGGUUGGAAGAGGGUGGGUCGCCGCCGCCUGAGGGCGAGAGCGCCAGAGGAGCGGGAAGAAGGAGCGCUCGCCCGCCCGCCUGCCUCCUCGCUGCCUCCUCGGCACUGGCUCUCUGGACUCCUAGGCUUGCUGGCUGCUCCUCCCACCCGCGCCCGCCUCCUCACUCGCCUCUUCGUUCGCCGGGGCUGCUUUCCAAGCCCGGCGGUGCGCCCGGGCGAGUGCGGGGCAAGGGGCCCGGGGCCAGCACCCAGCAGGGGGCGGGGGUCCGGGCAGAGCGCGGCAGGCCGGGGAGGGGCCAUGUCUGGCGCGGGCGCAGCGGGGCCCGUCUGCAGCAAGUGACCGAGCGGCGCGAACGGCCGCCUGCCCCUUCUGCCACCUGGGGCGGUGCGGAACCGGAGCCCGAAGCCCGGAGCCCGGAGCCCGGGUCGCGCGUAGAGCCGGCGCGAUGCACGUGCGCUCGCUGCGCGCUGCGGCGCCGCACAGCUUCGUGGCGCUCUGGGCACCCCUGUUCCUGCUGCGCUCCGCCCUGGCCGACUUCAGCCUGGACAACGAGGUGCACUCGAGCUUCAUCCAUCGGCGCCUCCGCAGCCAGGAGCGGCGGGAGAUGCAGCGCGAGAUCCUCUCCAUUUUGGGCUUGCCCCACCGCCCGCGCCCGCACCUCCAGGGCAAGCACAACUCGGCGCCUAUGUUCAUGCUGGACCUGUACAACGCCAUGGCGGUGGAGGAGGGCGGCGGGCCCGGAGGCCAGGGCUUCUCCUACCCCUACAAGGCCGUCUUCAGCACCCAGGGCCCCCCUCUGGCCAGCUUGCAAGAUAGCCAUUUCCUCACCGACGCCGACAUGGUCAUGAGCUUCGUCAACCUCGUGGAACAUGACAAGGAAUUCUUCCACCCACGCUACCACCAUCGAGAGUUCCGGUUUGAUCUUUCCAAGAUCCCAGAAGGAGAAGCUGUCACGGCAGCCGAAUUCCGGAUCUACAAGGACUACAUCCGGGAACGCUUCGACAAUGAGACGUUCCGGAUCAGCGUUUAUCAGGUGCUCCAGGAACACUUGGGCAGGGAAUCGGAUCUCUUCCUGCUCGACAGCCGCACCCUCUGGGCCUCGGAGGAGGGCUGGCUGGUGUUCGACAUCACAGCCACCAGCAACCACUGGGUGGUCAAUCCGCGGCACAACCUGGGCCUGCAGCUCUCGGUGGAGACGCUGGAUGGGCAGAGCAUCAACCCCAAGUUGGCGGGCCUGAUUGGGCGGCACGGGCCCCAGAAUAAGCAGCCCUUCAUGGUGGCUUUCUUCAAGGCCACGGAGGUCCACUUCCGCAGCAUCCGGUCCACGGGGAGCAAACAGCGCAGCCAGAACCGCUCCAAGACGCCCAAGAACCAGGAAGCCCUGCGGAUGGCCAAUGUGGCAGAGAACAGCAGCAGUGACCAGAGGCAGGCCUGUAAGAAGCACGAGCUGUAUGUCAGCUUCCGAGACCUGGGCUGGCAGGACUGGAUCAUCGCGCCUGAAGGCUACGCCGCCUACUACUGUGAGGGGGAGUGUGCCUUCCCCCUGAACUCCUACAUGAACGCUACCAACCACGCCAUCGUGCAGACACUGGUCCACUUCAUCAACCCGGAAACGGUGCCCAAGCCCUGCUGUGCGCCCACACAGCUCAAUGCCAUCUCCGUCCUCUACUUCGAUGACAGCUCCAAUGUCAUCCUGAAGAAAUACAGAAACAUGGUGGUCCGGGCCUGUGGCUGCCACUAGCCCCUCCGGGAAUUCAGACCCUUUGGGGCCAAGUUUUUCUGGAUCCUCCAUUGCUCACCUUGGCCAGGAACCAGCAGACCAACUGCCUUUUGUGAGACCUUUCCCUCCCUAUCCCCAACUUUAAAGGUGUAAGAGUAUUAGGAAACGUGAGCAGCAUAUGGCUUUUGAUCAAUUUUUCAUCCAAUGAACAAGAUCCUACAAGCUGUGCAGGCAAAACCUAGCAGGGAAAAAAAAACACGCAUAAAGAAAAAUGGUCGGGCCAGGUCAUUGGCUGGGGAGUCUCAGCCAUGCAUGGACUCGUUUCCAGAGGUAAUUAUGAGGGCCCGCCAGCCAGGCCACCCAGCCGUGGGAGGAAGGGGGCGUGGCAAGGGGUGGGCACAUUGGUGUCUGUGCGAAAGGAAAAUUGACCCGGAAGUUCCUGUAAUAAAUGUCACAAUAAAACGAAUGAAU